UAUGUAUUUAGUCAAUAAAUAUGCUGUCUUUAAGGGGAAGACAUUUAUGCUUUGGCUUCUAAGCAGAUGCAGCAUUUCUGAGUUCCUUGGAGCCCAGGAUCAUAAAAAUGAAGCAUCAGAGCAGUGUGAGGAACCAGCAGCAUUCUGCUCUGCUGCUCUCCUGCAGCCCAGCCAGGCUGCACUGGGACUGCAGCAUGCUUUGUCUCUGGGGAGGGCAGCAGCCUCUGAACUCCAUCUUGCAGCUUUCAUUGCUGAAUUUCCUGCUGGCCCCACUGCCCCCCUGCAUUGCCUUUGUCUGUCCUUGGGUCUGAUGUCACCCCCUUUCAGCCAGGGCAGGCACACAGCUCCUGAGGCUCAGAUGGAACACGAGGAAAAGUGUUUUUCUUACAAGGUGCAGGACAGGAACUCAGCAGAGUCUGGUGUGUGCAGCUUUCCCUGUUCCCUGGGCAGUGCCAGGCCUGGCCUGGGAGUCCCUUUUCCAGUGGGCAGGAUCUCCAGAGCUCCUUCCAGCCAACACUCCUCAGUGCUAGAGACUGACAGAGGCUACAGCCAAGCCUUGGAGAGUGGGACACGUGCAGAUGCUCAUCCAUCAUGCCUUGUCUAAAGUGUCUGAGGCUUCUGGCUUCAUUCUUCCAUUGCUUUGUCAAAGCAUCCAUUCUGCUCAUUGAACACCUUUAUUCUUCCUCUCUGCACCUUUUCCAGUCCACCAGCAGCAUCUCUUCCAGAGUAACCCUGCAGUAGCUGCACUCCCAGUUGCACUGGAUCCUCAAAUCCAGUCUCCCCAUGCUCUGCAGGGGUGCUUUGACACUGAGUGGCACCUUGGCUACGUGCUGAUGGUUGAUAUUCCAGCCUGGGAGCCGUGCUGCUGGCUAAUAGUCCAGCAGCAGCAUUCCCUCAAAGCCAAUCCCAAGGCUGCUGUAGGCAGAGGAUCUCCAUGGAUUGGUGCACGGGGUGUCUGCUCCACUCUCCCCUCCCGAGCAGGAAGCGGCCGAGCCGGGCUCACAGAGAAUUCAAUAGAAGGAAGUCUCCACACUUACGCAAAGAAAUUUGGCAGAAGUUAGAUAGUGAGUGCAACAACAAGUGCUGCUGCAGAGAUUAGAGACAUUGCAGGAGCUGGAGCAGUCUCUGGGGGAGAUUUACAGAGCUUUCCAUGGAGGAUUAAUUCUUGCAGGCCGUUGCUUUGCGGGUGUGCACGCCUCCCAUCAGCACCCCGCGCCGCUCCGACUCCGCCAUCUCCGUCCGCUCCCUGCACUCCGAGUCCAACAUGUCCUUGCGCUCCACGUUCUCACUCCAUGAGGAAGAGGAGGAGCCAGAGCCCCUGGUGUUUGCAGAGCAACCGUCCGUGAAGCUGUGCUGCCAGCUGUGCUGCAGUGUGUUUAAGGAUCCCGUCAUCACAACCUGUGGGCACACGUUUUGCAGGAGAUGUGCCUUAACAUCUGAGAAGUGCCCGGUGGACAAUGCCAAGCUGACAGUGGUGGUGAACAACAUCGCGGUGGCCGAGCAGAUCGGGGAGCUGUUCAUCCACUGCAAGUACGGCUGCAGGCCUGCAGCCAGCAGCAAGCCCACGGCCUUCGAGGUGGACCCCCGGGGCUGCCCCUUCACCAUCAAGCUGAGUGCCAGGAAGGAUCAUGAGAGCAGCUGUGAUUACAGACCCGUGCGUUGCCCCAACAACCCCAGCUGCCCUCCCCUCCUCAAAAUGAACCUGGAGGCUCACCUGAAGGAGUGUGAGCACAUCAAGUGUCCCCACUCCAAGUACGGGUGCACAUUCAUAGGAAACCAGGACACCUACGAGACCCACCUGGAGACGUGCAAGUUCGAGGGUCUGAAGGAGUUCCUGCAGCAGACAGACGAUCGCUUCCACGAGAUGCAGGUGGCCAUGGCCCAGAAGGACCAGGAGAUCGCCUUCCUGCGCUCCAUGCUGGGCAAACUCUCUGAGAAAAUCGAUCAGCUGGAGAAGAACCUGGAGCUCAAGUUUGAUGUGCUGGAUGAGAACCAGAGCAAGCUGAGCGAGGACCUGAUGGAAUUCCGCAGGGAUGCCUCCAUGCUGAACGAUGAGCUCUCCCACAUCAAUGCUCGGCUCAACAUGGGCAUCCUUGGAUCCUAUGAUCCUCAGCAGAUCUUCAAGUGCAAGGGGACCUUUGUGGGCCACCAGGGCCCCGUGUGGUGUUUGUGUGUGUACUCCAUAGGAGACUUGCUCUUCAGUGGCUCCUCAGACAAAACCAUUAAGGUGUGGGAUACCUGUACCACAUACAAGUGCCAAAAGACCCUGGAGGGUCAUGAUGGAAUUGUGCUGGCUCUCUGCAUCCAGGGGAACAAGCUGUACAGUGGCUCUGCUGACUGCACCAUCAUUGUCUGGGAUAUUCAAAACCUGCAGAAGGUGAACACGAUCCGAGCACACGACAAUCCUGUUUGCACUUUGGUCUCCUCACACAACAUGCUCUUCAGUGGCUCCCUCAAAGCCAUCAAGGUGUGGGAUAUUGUGGGUACUGAGCUCAAGCUGAAGAAGGAGCUGACAGGUCUCAACCACUGGGUUCGAGCACUGGUGGCUUCCCAGAACUAUCUCUACAGUGGAUCUUACCAGACCAUCAAGAUCUGGGACAUCAGGAACCUGGAGUGUGUGCACGUGCUGCAGACGUCGGGAGGCAGCGUGUACUCCAUCGCUGUGACCAACCACCACAUCGUGUGUGGCACCUACGAGAACCUCAUCCACGUCUGGGAUAUCGAGACCAAGGAGCAGGUCCGCACACUGACCGGGCACGUGGGGACAGUCUACGCCCUGGCCGUCAUCUCCACGCCCGAUCAAACCAAAGUGUUCAGCGCGUCCUACGACCGCUCGCUCAGGGUUUGGAGCAUGGACAACAUGAUCUGCACCCAGACCCUGCUGCGCCACCAGGGCAGCGUCACCGCCCUGGCCGUGUCCCGCGGCCGCCUCUUCUCCGGUGCUGUGGACAGCACUGUAAAGGUCUGGACGUGCUAACGAGAGCGUCACACGAGUCCUGCACACUGAAAGACCAAAAACUCUCCCCUCCAUCGGCCUGUGGGUGACCACACCACUGAAACGACUGCUGCAGCUCCUCCUGCACCGACCACUGCCUGCUGCUGCUGCCCCUGGGCCAGCUCCCCCCCAGCCCUGGCUGGUGGCUCUCUGGACAGCUCUGCCCCACGGACACUCCAGGUGUUCCCUCAGAUCUGCCCCAGAUGUUUGGGAAAGAAGUAGCUGUUCCAGUGCCAGUGGCCUCCUCUGCCUGUGUCCCCCCAGCUGGGGACACCCCCAGGCUGGGGCUGGACACCUCAGGGCCAGGCCAGCACCAGGACUGGACAGAGCCUGUCCUGGUGGGGAUACCGGGAGGCUGGGCCCCUGUCCACGGCAGGACUGACCCUGGGUGGGCACCCGACCCCUUUGUGUCUCUAGUAUUUAAUUUUACUGCCAAGGCGCUGGGCCAAUCCAUCUGGGAAGAGAUGUUUCCUUGAGUAGCCAGGUACGAUUUUUAUGCCACAGCUAGUUCUCAAAUCAAGUUCCACAAGCCCAUUGUUCACCACCAUGUAAUAAUGGUCUCCGCAUUAAAGACAAAAAGCCUCUGUUGCAUUUUUACUCACAUUUUCUACUGUUUUUAAGAUUGUAAUAUAGAUUUGAUUAUUUCUUCAUUGACAAUAAAAGCAGAAAGAGUUGUU